AACACAUCCUCUGCCUCAACUCCCGGACGCGACCGGUACCGACUAUCGCAAAAAUGAGCUACUAUCCUGCUCCCCCACCGGGCUAUAUGCCUUUCAACCCCUCUCCAAUGUCGCCUGCCGGAGGAGGCUACUAUUCAGCGCGCCAUGGACCUCAGAUGCCGACGCCAUCCCCCCACAGCUCGCCCAACGCCAGGCCUCACCACAGCCGCCGCGCAUCGACCGCAGUGCCUCCUUCUUCUGGGUAUGGCUACCCAUCUCCUCGUGGGCCCAUGCCCGAGUAUAGCUCUCCUCGCUACUACCCGACGCCACGGCGCACGCCCGAAUAUGUAAGUGGUGAUUUUGGUUAUAUUUGGGCAGGCCGGCCACGCCGCGACACCGACGCUCCGCCUCUCAAGCGCUCCCAUCGCGAGAGGAAGCGUCGGCCGUCUCAGUCGGCUCGCUUCGUGCACACCAAGGUCGUCUACGACGAUUACGAUUACGAUGACGUCUAUGACAACGGCUUCGACCGCGUCCACGACCAUCCUCCGCCGCCGUACGAACCGUACGAACGCUACGAGAAUCACCGGAAUGCUGAUCAGUAUUACUAUGAUCAGGUUCCCAUCUAUGAGCCAGAGCAGAAGCCCAGUCGUCCAAGACGUGCAUCUCAAUCUCAAUCUCACACCCCACGAGCUCAGCCGCAGUUCUCAUCCAAGCGCCCCACGACUUCUAGCAAGGCAGCUCCAAAAGCCACCGAAGAGGAUGCCCGUCGUGCCGGGAUUCCUGCCGGCUACUCGAUCAAGAACUGGGAUCCCACCGAAGAGCCUAUCAUGCUUCUCGGUAGCGUUUUCGAUGCCAACUCCCUCGGUAAAUGGAUCUACGACUGGACCGUCUUCGCCUUCGGAUCGGCCACGCCAAUGGCCGAAAUGGCGGGCGAGCUCUGGCUUCUCUUGAUCCAACUCGCUGCCAAGGUCAAGAGAGCCGAGGAAAUCAUGUCCAAGAUCCGCAAGCAGGAGAGUCGCGACAUGGUUGAAGACUUCCUGGAGAGCGGGGAGCGUUUGUGGAUCCGUAACGCCAAACUUCUCAAAGUAUGUGAAGACUACAUGUGGAAAGCCGCUAAGAAAGAGACGGGAGUCAAGAAGCCUGUUGAGAUGGGCAAGAACAGUGGCCGCGAGUUUGUCAACUCGAUAUUUGGGCGCGACCGCGAACUUGAGAAGACGGAGAAGCUCAUGACUGGUAUGCGCCUCUGGAGCAUGCGCUUCGAUGCGAACUGCGAAGAGAUUCUUCGCCACCCCUCUGCCUAG